UCUACGCCCCAUCUCUCUUCCAAAAUAUCUUCAGAAAAACCCUUUUUUUCUAACACUAUAGAGAAGAAGAUCAGCACAGGGCGUCAAAAGGUCGCAAUGGUGAAGAUGAGCAACUAUAGCAACGUCCAAGUCAAGUUCUCGAAGCGCCGUUCGGAACUCUUCAAACAGGCCAGCGAACUCGGCACUCUCUGCGGCGCCGAGAUAGCCAUUGUCGUUUUCUCACCUGGAAGGAAAGCUUUCUCCUUUGGCCAUCCUUGCGUCGAGGCCGUCAUCGACAGGUUUCUCACCCGAAACCCGCCGGCGCAUCAGAUCUCCAGCACGAUGCCACUCAUCGAAGCCCACCGGAACGCAAGCGUCCGGGAACUGAACCUCCGGCUGACUCAGGUGACCAACCAACUGGAGGCGGAGAAGAAGCGGGGCGAAGAACUGAAUCGGAUGAGGAAAGUGAGCCAGGCGCAGUGCUGGUGGGAGUGUCCCAUCGAGGGGAUGGAGCUGGAGCAGCUGGAGCAGUUGAAGGCAUCCAUGGAAGAGCUGAAGAAGGACGUGAGCAAGCAGGCUGAUAGGGUUCUCAUUCAGAAUUCCAACCCUGCUGCUGCUCCCUUUUUCGCGGGGAGUUCUUCUUCGGGCCAAGGGGCGGCGAUGAUUAUUCAUCCUUUCGAUAUUAAAAAUGGCGGAUUUUUCGCGGGGAAUUCUUCUUCGGGUCAAGGGGCGGCGGUGAUUAUUCGUCCUUUCGAUGUUAAAAAUGGCGGAUUUGGUGGGAAUAUGAUGCCCAAUUUGAUGCCUCAUCAUCACCAUGCAUACAAUCUUGGUUAUGGCAGUGGUUUCUUCUGAAAAAGAAAAAUGGUUCUUUUUUUAUUUUUAUUUUUUAAGCAUGUCUUUUAUAUAUUUUAUUUUAGUCCACACAAUGUCAAUAAUUAUAUAUAUAUAUAUAUAUAUAUAAAACUAUGGUAGGAAAUCGUUAUAAUUUAUUUGAUUUAGUG